CUUAAACCAAACUUAGUUUCUGUUGUAGGCGGUGCAUUCCCUAGCAGGGCGGGGUGCAGUGUGUUGUGGAGGGGAGAGAAAGAGAGGCCAGGGGGAGGAGUAGGCAGAUUAAUUCACCCACUGUGAGAGCUGGUCUAUUUAAUGGGGGGUCUCUCUGCCCAGGAGGAGUCAGAGCUGUCUCCAGGACCAGCAGGAGCAUGGCAGAGGACCUGGGGCGGGGCUUUGGGGAAACAGCCAGCCUGGAAAUGCUGCCAGCGGACGACAAUUACAGGCCCAAGGCCAGAGCCCAGCAAGCAGCCAGGAGCAGCUGCACCCACUGGGCUCUCACCUGCUGCCUGGUGUUGCUCCCCAUCCUGGCAGGACUCACCACCUACCUACUCAUUGGCCAGCUCCGGACCCAAGGAGAGCCCUGUGCGUUCCAGACUCCAAAAGGACAGGAGUUUGGACCCUCACAUCAGCGAGCUUAUGUACCUCCCAGAGCUGGUGGAGAUAAACCAAGGGCACACCUGACAGUUGUGAGACAAACUCCUACACAGCCCUUGAUAAAUCAGUUCCCAACUCUGCAUUGGGAACAUGAACUUGGGUUGGCCUUCACCAAGAACCGGAUGAAUUACACCAAUAGAUUCCUGGUGAUCCCAGAGUCGGGAGACUACUUCGUUUACUCCCAGAUCACAUUCCGAGGUACCACAUCCAAAUGUGGGGAAAUUAGCCAAGGCAGCCGACUGAACAAGCCAGAAGCCGUCAUCGUGGCCAUCACCAAGGUGACAGACAGCUACCCUGAUCCCACCCAGCUCCUAAUGGGGACCAAGACAGUGUGUGAAAUAGGCAGCAACUGGUUCCAACCCAUCUACCUAGGGGCAAUGUUCUCCUUACAAAAAGGAGACAAGCUGAUGGUGAACGUCAGUGAUGUCUCGUUGGUGGAUUACACAAAAGAAGAUAAAACUUUCUUCGGAGCCUUCUUGCUAUAGGGGCAAUGCUGAUAUCAUUGUGUGAAGGUCCUCACCUCCUAGUUCCUAAUUUUCCUCAUUCAUAUAUAACUAUAGCCAGGGAUUUUCUUGGGGCAUUCCACAGAGAUAGUGCUUUAGCUAUGAAAUUUAGGGCACCAAAGUUCACACUUUAUAUACAUUACUGAUGAAAAUACUAUUGGGUUGUCGAAAGAGUCAUGACGUAUAUUUUUUUGUUUUUCGCCGCAAAAAUGCAUCAUGGCUUUUCCGACAACCCAAUAAUUGGAAAAAGGCAGAAGAAAGCAGAUAUAUUAUUGUGGUUGCUUGGAAGAGUGGUGAGUUUCUCAAUAUUAAAACACUGGUCACCAAAUGAAUAGAUGAUCAACUCGGAACAUUUCCACACUUGUCACCAGUGGGCCUGGUUGUUGUUCAAUUUGAUGAUGAAGUAUUUGCUUCAGUUCAGGAGCCUUGAAUAAAGUCCAAAGCCCUAGAAAACAGUGUAAACCUUUCAGAGGAGAAACCCUUAAUCAGUUUUCCCAAACACAUACUUUAACACCUUGCUGAAAGAAAGAAAGAAAGAAAGAAAGAAAGAAAGAAAGAAAGAAAGAAAGAAAGAAAGAAAGAAAGAAAGAAAGAAAGAAGCUGGUAUUUUCAUGAACGUUUUCAAAAAAAAGAAAUUGGUUUUCACGCUAUCUAUGGCAAAUGAGAAAAACUACCUUUCCCUUUGUUAUGUACAUAGGCUUCAAAACAAGCAAGCAUGAGCUCUACCUGCAUAUCAAAAAUACAGUAGCAUUUUAUUCACCAGAGUUUUCUUGAGCACCAAUUAUGAUCUGGGCCCUGCCUUAAACCAGGAUACACUAUGAAGAGCAAGACAGACUCUACUCAGAACUUAUAUGAAUAUCACUAGAUGACUCCUGGCCAAAUAAAUCUCAACAUAAUCCAAGGACUAACUCCAAGUCCUAAAACAAUAUCAUCUGACUGUGUUACAUAAGAUUCCUGGAGCACUCCUGACUAUGUAAGAUAUCCAGCUGAUUAGGUCACUCGACUCAACAAACUUGAAGAGAUUUCUAGCUAACUAGACCAGCUGUACAACAAACUUGAUUGAUGCCAGGAGACAAUGGACUUCUUCUCUGCCGGGGGAAAAGUCAGUCACCAAAUCUGGAGAAGUUAACCUAGAUCUGCUCUGAGGUUUGAUUCACAACAUUAUAUACAGAUUGUUAUGUGAGUGUUUUUCUCUUAAAAUAUUCUAAGGAAUUUAAAUAUGGAACUAGCUAAUCAGCUCAGCCAAGGCUUCGUCUGUGGAGGAGGGGCUAGACCUUGAGAAGGUCCCUCCUGUGCUGCAGUGGGUUCCCAUCCUCUAAACUGUACCAUUUUCCUGCAUAAAUAUGCCAAGGGUAGGAGGGGCAUUUCUCUCAGCCUCUGUUGAUUUGUCUGUAAAACAGGAAUCCACCCAUUUGUUUCCCAAGAUCAAAUGAGUUCAUGGGGAUGAAACGUGUUAACUUUGAGCCUUCUGUGAAGUCUGAGAGCAUAUCAGUGUGACAUGGGGAGUGACCUUCAGGGUCCUGGCCUCUAUUAUAAAUGUUCCUAUUGUGAGAGACCUCACAGAUGGGUCUGCAAGCAACCUUGGCACCCAACUCACUCUUACUCUUGUUGCCAGGAGACUACAGAGGCACAGAGGUGUGUGAUGGGGUUCUUGGGCACAGUGAUUGGUGAAGCAGUAUUUGAUCAACAUUUGUUGAGUUAUAACUAACUAACCAUUAAUUUCCAGUUUCUCAGUUGGGAGGUUAAGGUCAGCACAGGGCUCAGUGGGAUCACAGAGAAGGGUGUGGUCACCUCCACCUGGUUCAGAAGAGUCUUCAAGAAGGAAGUGAAGCCUGAGUGAGUUCUGAAAACAGGUGGGCGGACAACAGAUGGCUUUGGUCGGGGAAAGGGCAUCUCAGAUUGAGGAAUUACCCUUUACUUAAAGCAGAAAGGAAAGGUUUCUCAGUAACUACAAAACCAACUGGAUAAGAGACUAUUCCCUCAACCAGCUCCUAGAACAAUAUGUAUUGGUAGAUUAGGAAUGUUCCAUCAAUGACCCUAGACUGGCCCCAUGAUCAGAAUGAGCAACUCGUUAAGAAAAUAAAAUGGUCUUUCUGCAUGUGCAUGAGGGCAUCAAGCCGCUUGGUGUGCGGGAAAGAAUUUGCAUGGAAGGGGCAAGAGUGGCCUGUUCAUCUCCUCUGCUGAAAGGAACCCUUGUGCCAAGGCCUUCAAACCUGCCCCCUGUGCCUUAGGAGAUCUGGGGCAUUUGGAAGUUUAUUCUAGAAAUUGGUAUUUCCUACUAUCCUAAAAGACUUGAGGCUUUAGGAAAAUCCUGCCACAUAUUUAUUUUGCUUCUGUCAUAAGCUCGUUUAUUGAAGAAUGUAUUGUGCUUAAGUUUUCACUGCUGAAUUUGUUAAUUCUCUAUGAUACAUCUUUUACUGUUCAGAAAGGCCCAGACAAAUAUUCCUAGUAGGACUCAAGUCAGGACUUCUGUUUCCUAGGCAUUAUCUCCAUGGCAAGUGCCCUAGUUUUUAAAAUGAAGUGGGAGAGUGCUUUUUAAGAACAUGUGGUGGUUCCCUAAAAGGAGUAUAGGGAAUGCAUUCAAAAGUUUGCAAGGAAAGAAAGGGCAUGCUUACACGCUUUAGAAAAUAGUUAAUUUAGGGGGGAAAUGCUUUACUGGUUCAAUGUCUCUCAAAAGGCCAAAUUGAAAUCAAUUCCACAAAUGUUUAAUGAGUACCUACUCUCCCUGGGGACACAAAGACAAAUUAUUUUAGUCUCAGAUGUGUUCAUUCUAACUACUCAGCACCUCCAUUGUCUGCAGAUCCUCUAAUUUAUUUUGGUUGUAUUAGCUAAUUAAUUAGCUAACUUUAGGCACAUAGAUAUUUUCUCAUUACGAAAAUGGGUGCCAUUUAAUGAAGGAUGAUCAUUAACAAAAUGAUUUGUAUGUACCCUAAGUGGUGUUUUCAAUAGCUACCCAAGGAUCAUUUUCCAUAAAUAAAAGGGGAAAUAUAUAAUACUGUUUUCUAUGGUGGAAUCCAUUAUUAUUAAGUCAAAUAUGGGCAGAGGUUAUUAUCUGCUAGACUCAAGUUUGCACAGCAACAACCCUUGAAAAUAUUAGAAAUUUAUGGAUGACCCAGAGGUGUGUUGAAGAGCCUGUGUCCCUCAGCAAAAACAGGAACCAUGAUCAAAAUGCAUGGAGUCACUAGCAUUUUGACCCUAGCAUAGUGUAGAUCUAUUUGAUAGAACAGAAUUGCUCAAGCUACUAAAAUUUCUGAAUUUUAUAAAUAAGGCACAGCAGAAAGUGAAAAGGCACACUUUUCAUAUCCCAAAAAGCAUCUUGUUCAGUUUAAUUACAGGGCAUGCCAGAGUCCUUGGCUCCAUUUCUAUCUUAGCUACGUCACUCUAGAGGAAAUUCCACCUCUGCAUUCGUCAGUAGCCCCUCUGGGUUAUAAAAGUUCAACUAAAUCACUGUGCACGGGGCACAUCCUUUGCCAACAUUCUCUUGCAAGGUAUUUUCCAAGCCCUUUCCCAAUCAUGUUUCCAUGAUUAUGACAUUGGAGAUUAAUUCUUCU